UCGCAAGCUCUCCGUGUUUCUCUCGUUUCUUCACUGCUGCCAACUGUGCUGUGCAGUAGUUGCAAGAGCUGAUUGGUAGCUAGGUACGCUAGGCAAGUAGGCAUGGCUCCCAAGCGGCGCGGAAACAAGGUGGUGGGCUCCGUGGUGAAGACCAAACUAGUGCAGGAGACCGUGGAGGUCAUCGUCGCCGACGACGAUGGGUUGCACGCGGAGAAGCAGCAGGUCCCGGAGGCUCUGGCCCUGGCGCACCCCACCGUGGACGUCUCUGGCUCCACGGUGGUGCAUGUCGUCGAGGUCACUGCCAAAAGAGGCCGUGGUGGUGGUGGUGGUGGUGGUGGUGGUGGCCGGCGCAACGAGGGGAAGCCGCCGCCGGAGGAGGAUUCUGCAGCAGUACCCGUGCCGCAGAGCCAGGAGACGCAGGACCCCAACGAGGAGCUGGAGUUUGAGCUGGAGGACGAGGAGGAGAAGCAGCCGGAGACUCCGCGCGUGGCGUCGGAGAAGAGGAAGAAAGCAGCAACACCAACAAAGAAGACGAAGACGCAGCAGCCGCGGCGGCGGCGGCAGCGGCUGGGGCAGGCCAGCUCCGGAGGCGACGCCGGGAUGGGCGGCGUGGGAGGGUACAGGCGGUACGUGUGGCGCGUGCUGAAGCAGGUGCACCCGGACCUGGGCGUGUCGGGGCACGCCAUGCAGGUGCUGGACAUGAUGAUGGCCGACAUGUUCGAGCGCCUCGCGGAGGAGGCGGCGCGCCUGUCCAAGGCCACGGGCAGGGCGACGCUCACCUCCCGCGAGGUGCAGAGCGCCGUCAGGCUCGUGCUCCCCGGGGAGCUGGGCAGGCACGCCAUCUCUGAGGGCACCAAAGCCAUCUCCAAGUACAUGUCCUAUGCCGCCUAGGUAGCUACCGUACAUGUUUUCUGUACCUUGGAAGUAGUGCGUACUGCAGCUGAUGUAUUUUCAUGCAUGCCAACUAGACUAGCUAGUAGUUACUGUACGUAUGUAGUUGAUAGUGUAAUCAGGCCGGGUAGCAGCUAGCUAGACCAACUUAAUUAGCUAAUGUAGUUUGAUGUACCUGUCUGUCAGUCUGUGUAUGUUUCGUUGUUUUAAUCGACCAACUUGUUCCGUGUCC